AUAUUUUGUUUGCGCGACGCCUCCUCAGCGCGAAAUGCUCCGACACGCUGCUGGCCAUCAAGUCCAUCCGCCCGUGCAAGAACCUCUUCUCGGCAUCCACUUCGAGCGUACUGUCCUUCGGAGGCAUCGACCUGCACAGACCGUCGUGCCACGAGAUCGCGCAGGACGCUUGGUUCUGUACUUCCAUCCACUGAAGAACGGCUGGGAGCUGCUCGAGAUGAUGCCUGAACCCCGCAACUACCAUACUGCCUCAUUGGUCGGGGACGAGGUCUUUGUCAUCGGGGGCUGUGACCCGCACAAAACGCGCAGCGACGAGGCGGUCUCGUCGGACUCCGUGUUCUGUUAUUCGGCCGCCAGGCGGUCGUGGAGCAAGCGGACGGAGCUGCCCGAGGCCCGGGCUUUCCACGGCGCGGCAGUCCUAGAUGACAAGAUCUACGUGGUCGGCGGCAGGGACCAGCGUGGAAGGUAUCUGGACACGGUCGUGGAGUACAGCCCCAUGGCGGACGGCUGGUCGACGGUACUCCGGCUGCCGCGCUGCGCCAUGGGCUCGAGCGUGGUGUCCAUGGACAAGCGCCUCUGGGUCCUGGGCGGCGUGUCGUCCCCUGCAGACUCCAGCUUCCAGCCGGGGCCCGACGACCUGCUCGACGACGUCUUCGUUCUGGACGUCGCGCAUCGCACAUACACUGCCGGGCCCCCGUUGCCUUUUCCCUGUGCCUUCGCCGCUGCCACCGUGACCAAGCGCACGCUGUGGUUCUGCGGCGGACUCAGUCCCAACGACAGGGGCAAGCUGAAGAGCGUCUCCAGCACCUACGUGCUAGAAGAAGGCAGCUGGAAGUUCUACGACGUGCUGGCACUGAACAAGCACGCUUUUCCUGCCAUCAGCUUUGCGGACAGCUUCGUGCUGUCCUUCGGAGGGGCGACCACGAGCUACGAAGGAUCCGUCGACGACUGCGAGGUCUUCUUCGACGGUCCGGGUCACGGAGUUCUUCGGCUGCGGCCUCCGCCCUUCCCUCUGGCGGGUCACGCCUGCGUGGCGCUUCCACCGGUUCCCCUCGGACACAGCAAGACGGAUCCUCCGGACGUCGUGGACAUGUGGCAGAGGAUGUGCGAGGGCGCCAAGGCUCUCUGAACAUUCACAGCGGGUAUCUGAGCCUGAGAAAAAAUUGCGGUGCAGGCUGAGAGAGUUCGGUUUCUCAAUUCAGUUUCUCGCUAAACGGUGUUUGCGUGUUCUUGAGGGUGUUGAUGGGACGAGAUGAAAACCGCGGUCUUGCCGCCAUGCAUGCCUCGUGUGUAUGUGAAAGUGAGAGCUGAACGUGAGAGGAUCCCCUUACAAAAAACCGUGAUGUUUUUUCUGUUGAAAGGCUGUUGAAAAAAGUCAUCAGAGGAUAUAAAAUGCCAAUAGCUUUUCAUCUGACU